AUGGAGAAGAAGCGACGGGCACGCAUCAACGUGUCACUGGAACAGCUCAAGUCUCUGCUGGAGAAACACUACUCCCACCAGAUCCGAAAACGCAAGUUGGAGAAGGCGGACAUACUGGAGCUGAGCGUCAAGUACAUGGAAAGCCUUCAGCACUCGGUGCAAGGGCUCUGGCCGGUCCUCAGCGGGGCAGAAUACCCGUCAGGUUUCCGCGGCUGUCUGCCCGGUGUUAGCUUGGCUCCGAGGCGCGGAGAGGACGGCGGCGGCCUGCGCUGCCCCCUGGCGCACGAGCGCUCGGCUGGCAGCACCACGGACAGCGCCAGCCUGGGCCAGGGGGCGUCGGCGCCGCGCGACCCCAGCGUCCCCGCCGUUUGGGGUUCUGCUCCCGCUGCGGGCGGCUCCCUGCCUUCACCACCCCGCCUUCCCUGCAUCGUGGCGCCACAGCCAGCGUCUCACCGCUGCGCCGAGAGCCCAGGGCUGGGGCUGAACGUGUGGCGGCCCUGGUGA